UGUUUGCGUCGAGAGCAACCGUGCACAGCAAGACCAUCGGGAGCGCACGGGACGGCUGUCGAGCGGGGCGGGGGCAAGGGGGUCGAUUAUAACAGACGGGCGGGGAGAGCGAGGGGGGGGGCAGAGCUACGCAGAGCUACGCAGAGCAGAUAUAGAGAUAGUCGCAGCGUCGCAGGCCGCAGCAGCAGCUCAGCUGUCUGUGUGUUUGUAUGUACAUACAUCGUAGUAGCACGCAUAGGAAAUGUCCAGUGGUCAUGGCAGGCUGUCAGAUGCGAGGAUUGUGAGGUGAGGCGCGCAGGAGAUGUCCUGGCCAUAACAAUAAUAGUACGCAGCAGCUCGAGACGGCACGAUUACGGCUGCUGAAGCUCGCAGGCUUGGACGACGGGAUCAGCGUUCGCAGACGGACCGACGAGCCAAACAAAGAGCCAUUCGAUUUUUCCUCAUCCACUAGCUGGCUCCGGGCUAGGCGCAGGUACACGUACUCCGAGUCAGCUGAUGACAUGAUAAUCGCUGGAUGAGUCUUACCAUCGCCGUCGCCGCAACCGCGUAUCGCAUCAGGGGAAAGUCAAAGUCAUCCACAUCGAAAGUCAGCCAGCACAACAGCGGCGGCCAUGGGCAACUGCCUGAAUUGCGUCGGAGCCGGACAGCAGGACAACGCGAACCUCCUGAGCAACGGCUCCGACUCCGCUCUCGGCAUCGGAGCCUCUCACGACACUCUCACCAGCAGGCCUUCUCUGCCUUACAAUGAAAUGGCAGGCAAUUAUUACCCACCAGCCCCCAUGAGAGAGCGGCACCUACAAUCCACAGAAAUGGGCAUUAGUCGAGGCAUUGGAAUCGGAGUCGGCCUGGGUGGAACUGGUGGUGGACCAAUUAUCAACGAAGAAGAACAGCAGGUCAGGAUGGCCAAACGUAUCGGACUGAUUCAGCACUUGCCCACCAGAAAAUUUGAUGGUGCUAAGAAAGGCGAGUGCGUCAUUUGCAUGAUGGAGCUGGUGACUGGUGAAGAAGUGCGUUAUUUACCGUGUAUGCACACCUAUCAUGCUCUAUGCAUUGAUGACUGGUUGUUGCGAUCCCUCACUUGCCCUACUUGUAUGGAACCGGUGGAUGCAGCCCUUAUUAAUUCUUAUCAUCCAACCACUUAAUAUCAAAUAGUGUCAGCUGUCCUAAUGGAGUAGCUAGUGAAUCUUUAAAUUAGACUUCACAAAUCGUACACCGCUGCUGCAGGUUUUUACUUUGUCUGAAAAACAGUUUACCUACAUGGUUAAUUACAUUAUUUUGUUGCCACUGUUGUGUGUAAAAUUACACACAACAGUGCAAUGGUCAUCAAGAGAAGGAGUGUGUAAAAACUACUUGCUUCUUCUUCAAAGUUGAUUAUUUUACUGAUAUUAAUACUGCUGCUGCCAACAACAAGGAACAAUCGAUAUCAUCUUGAUAAUCACUUUGGAAAUAAUAUUUGAUUUUUCAGAAAUUAUUUUAUUUUAAAAAUAAAAAGCACAGCAUUGGUCAAUUUCGAUCUUAUUCCCUCUUGAUGAUACCAAGUUUUAUAAUAAACUGUUGACAACACGAUUAUUAUUUUAAAAUCGAAAUAAGUUAGACCCUAACAAAAUAAUCAAGCCCUGCACAAAACAGAAAAAUACAAAAACUUGCAAUAAACGUUUGAAUCGUAUCUGGAAAACACAAGUUAAAAGAUAUAACGAAUUACGAGUUAGAAGAGGCUUUUUAAAAACUUUUUUUGCAAUGAAAUGUUUGCCAGAACGAGAUGAAAUUAUGAUUGUAAAACGUAAAACGCAUAUUUACUCGCAUUAUUUACCUUUUGUAAAUGAUACGUGUAAGCAUAUUAACUACUCUGCAGUACAACAGUGUUGCAUGUACUUCCAAAAUCAGCCGCAACAACAUGAUUGGUAAAGUGCUAUUUGUCAAUUUUCAUUUCAUUAGUUGGAGAUUAGUGGGUGAAAAAUUUGAGCUUAAUGAAGUAUCUUAAUACUUGUUGCAAACAUUUGGUUAAUCAAAUUUAUCUGAUUCUGAUUUAAAUAUACAGAAGUUGUACUUUUGAUUGAUGAAAGUCGGUUAGAGGUUUCUCAUGUACAAGCCAAAAUGUUAUUUAGAAAAAAAAAAUAAUAAAAACGAAACUAACAUGUAUAAUAUAAAAAAAUAAACUUACUUAGAACAUACAUAACUGAAGGAGAUGUGUGGGUACGAUCUAAGUCUAAGUAAUACAUAGUCGAAUGCGAACAAUUAUUUUGAAUGCAUAUAUAGCAAAGCUUUAUAAAGCUAUGAGAAGUAAAAACAUAGGUAUUUGGAUGCAGAAAUUCUCAUCAGUCUGUAUGUGACAUUGAAUGUUGCAAUGUGAUCACAAUUAUUUCAGUGAAAAUUUUGCACAGAAUUAUAAAUAUUAUACAUACAAAUAUAUAAGAGUUUAAUAUUUUGCAAUGGCUUGAUUUCCAUGUAAUAAACAUACACACAGUAUAUACAUAAGCGCGUGUAUGUGUAUAUAAAAGACAAGUAUGAAUACUACGUUUUCUUUUUAAAUAUAUAUUGGGAAGAAUGGAGCUGUGACAUAGUGAUUUAUUGACGAAACAUAUAUAAAUACACAGUUAGUGAUUAAUAAAAUUGUAUUUAGUAACA